AAGUAAUAAAUAAUAUUAUAGCAAACUUUUAUAACUUUUCUUGCUUUUAAUUUUGGUUUUGUAAAUAAUUGUUAUUUUAACGCAUUUUUAUUUAUUAUAAUAUUAAUUUGAUUAUUACCACCAAACAAGAUGGGUGAACGUAAAGGACAAAAUAAGUACUACCCGCCAGAUUAUAAUCCUGCAGUAGGGGGAUUGAAUAAAUUUAAAGGAACUCAUGCCUUAAGAGAACGGGCCAAAAAACUUCAUUUGGGCAUCUUAAUAAUACGUUUUGAAAUGCCAUACAACAUAUGGUGUGAUGGAUGCAAUAAUCACAUUGGAAUGGGUGUUCGGUAUAAUGCUGAAAAAAAGAAAAUUGGGAUGUAUUAUUCAACGCCAGUUUAUCAAUUCCGAAUGAAAUGUCAUCUUUGUAAUAACCAUUUUGAAAUUAAAACUGAUCCUGGGAAUUUAGAUUAUGUAAUUGUAAGUGGUGCUCGCCGACAAGAAAAUCGAUGGGAUCCCUUUGAAAAUGAACAAAUUGUCCCAGAGGAUAAGGAUACGAGUAAACGGUUGUUUGAUGAUGCUAUGUUUAAACUUGAACAUGGUACUGAAGAUAUAGACAAGGCUAAAAAGGCAGCUCCAAUAUUAGUUAAGCUUCAUGAUGCACAAGAUGCUAAAUGGAAUGAUGAUUUUUCUGCUAAUUCAUUAUUAAGACAACAGUUAAGAACAAAAAAACAGAAAUUAGCUGUGAAAGAAAAACAUGACAAUGAAUUAAAAGAAAGACUAUCAUUAAGUAUUCCAUUAGUAGAUGAAGUUGAAGAAGAUAUAAGAAUUGCUAAACUAUUAAGCUAUCAAACUUCUGAUAGUACGAAAACCAGACGAAAAAAGUUUAUUCAUGGGCUUCGCAAAACUCCUAAGCUAGACCCUAAUAAACCAAAAAAGUGUCUUAAUGUGGGCAUCAUUCAAUCAACUAUUACAACGAAAACAGAAAUAUUACCAGUUGCUAGUACUAAUAAUUUUUCCACGGCAUCACUUGUGUCUGCAGAUUAUGGAUCAACAUCAUCAUCAGAUUAAUGUAUUACAUACAAAUUAUAAACAUUUAAGAUUUAUUUAUUUUGUUUUAAUAAUUAAAUAACUAUAACAAUUAUUGGUAACAAUGAAAAAUUAGAAGAGUACAACAUGAAUAUAGGUACUAUUAAAUAUGUUCAAAUUAUAUUUUUAUUUUUAUCUUCAAUUUCCCUACACGUUUUCUCAUAUACACCAAAAAAUAAAGCUCCACCAAUCAUUAUAAAUAUGACUCUUGGAAGAAAACCGGCAAACAAUCUGAAACCGUAAAUAUAAUAUAAUAUUAAUAAUUAUAACUAAAUGUUUACAAGAUUUAUAAAUCUUUGAAAAUAGAGCAUACAACUUUUGGGUGUAAUUAAAAAUAAAUAAAUUUAAACAACCAAGUGGUGUUGUAGUGAUUAGGAAAAUAAAUGUAGUUACAAUUAAAAUAAGUAAUAUUUAUUCAUUUUCAAUGUGAAAUGUAUAUCAAAUAUACCAAUAACGACAGAUAAUAACAGAGUUCCCGAACUCCUUGACGCCGUACCUUUUAGAGUCCCUUCUCAUUCUUCUAGAAAUCAAUCCCGAUUCUAUGUAGACAUAAGACAUAAGACUUUUUGGGCACAACCAUACUCUGCAUCGUAUGCUAAGAGCUGCAAAUAAUAAUUAAUCCUUGGGCCACACAACCACUAGUACUUAAUUAUCAUUUAACUAUUAUAUGUAUAUUUAGCACUCUGUUUUUCUGAAUAAUAACUUUCUUAUGUA